CUUAGUUUGACGCCGAAUUUCAUAGUAAACAGAUCUAACUUCGAAUGAAAGAAAAAAAUUGAAAAAAAUAUUUUAAAAAAAAAUCAAAAAAAAAUAUUAAAAAAUUUUAAAUCAAAUUCCGUAGCCAAAAUAAUGUGUUUUGUAUUUCUGGCAAUAUGUUUGAUUUUAUUCAUUUGUCUUUACAAACUGAAUGAGAAUUAUUUUGUGUUGUGUUUCUGUAAACGGGUGCGCACCAUCGAUGGCAGUAAAUUGGAGGAUAAAGUCUGUGUGGUGCCCGGCAAGGUGCCAAUGUUUGGCAAUAAUUUCGAUUUAAUUGAUAUGACACCAGAGACCAUAUUCCAUUACUCUCGCAACCAUUACCGCUAUGCCAAGGGUAAACAUUACCUUUUGUAUUUCCUCUUUACUGCGGUGUAUAGCAUCAACAAUGCCGAAGAUGCCGCCGAGCUGUUUCAGAGCACUACGAUUUUAGAGAAAUCGGUACUUUAUAAAUAUGUGGAACCAUUUUUGGGUGAGGGUCUGCUAAUUAGUUCGGAUCGCAAAUGGUUUAGUAGGCGCAAACUUUUGACCCCGGCUUUUCAUUUUAAUGUCUUGCAAACGUUCAAUGAUAUCUUCAAGGAGGAAAGCCUAAAACUCUUGAAAAAGUUGCAACACCUGCAAAAGGACGAAAUCGAAAUAAACGAUAUUGUGACAGAAUUCACUUUGAACAAUGUCAUCGAAACCGCCUUGGGUGUCAAAUUGGAUGACAUGAAAGGAAGUGCCCAAUAUCGCCAUACCAUCCAUGACAUCGAAGAGGUCAUUUUGGAAAGAAUCUACAAUCCUCUGAUGUAUUACGAUUUCGUGUUUAGACUCUUCGGGAGAUAUAAGAAACACAAGGAAGAUUUGAAAAUAGCCAGUAAUUUCAGUAGUAAAAUUAUCCAAAAGAAACGUGAGGAGUAUCGCAAGAAGAAGGAAAUGGAGAAGCAACAAGACAAUGAGGUUGACGAUUUUGGCAAGAAGAAACGUUAUGCCAUGUUGGAUACGCUGCUGGAUGAGGAAUCCAAGGGCAACAUUGAUCACGAGGGUAUUUGUGAUGAAGUCAACACAUUUAUGUUUGAGGGUUACGAUACAACUUCAACAUGUCUGAUUUUUACAAUUUUGAAUUUGGCAUUGCAUCCGGAUGUCCAGAAGAAAUGCAGAGAGGAAAUUGCCAACAUAGGUGACUUCUCUUCCCUGACCGUUUUCGAUUUCAACAAAUUGGAAUAUUUGGAAUGUGUGCUGAAGGAGACAUUGCGUCUCUAUCCCUCGGUGCCAUUCAUUGCCCGCACCUGUGUCGCUGAGACGCGUAUAAAUGGUUUAAUCCUUCCCACAAAUAGUCAAAUAAAUGUUCAUGUCUAUGACAUCAUGAGAGAUCCAAGACAUUUCCCGAAUCCCACUGAAUUUAAGCCGGAGCGGUUUACACCAGAAAAUUCUGUGGAUCGUCAUCCGUUUGCCUUCGUACCAUUUAGUGCUGGUUCGAGAAAUUGCAUAGGACAAAAAUUUGCCAUUUUGGAAAUGAAAGCAGUUUUGGUGGCCCUGCUGAGUAAUUUUGAAAUUUUACCCGUUACCAAGUUGGAGGAUUUGAUAUUUGAAUAUGGCAUUAUAUUGAGAACAAAGCAAAAGAUUUAUGCUAAGCUUAAGAAAAUUGAAAAAUAAAGAAUGAGAAAGAAAUGAGAAAGUAAAGAAA